AUGGCACCGAAAGCUUUGACGGAUUGCCCCGAGAACCUUCGAGAGUCGAUAGACUGGCUCAUACAGGUGAAGCACGGCGGUGGCAUCCCGACGCUGUCCAACGCUCUUGGUAAGUUGUUCGACCAUGUUGCUCAGGACGUUCAGAAAUCUCUGCCGGCUCUCCCCGAAUCAGAUGUGCCGUCCGCCAGAGAUAUUAUCGACAAACUUCAGACGUUUCAGAGCUCUCUUCAGAAAAACUCUGCGAAUAAUAAUCAAAACCUUCUACAUAAUCUCUGUUCCGCCUUUGAGACAUUUUUAGGUUAUCGACAUCCCGGCAUCUACGAUGGUUCCGGGAUUGUGUAUGGCGACGCCUCCCGUCUGUGCGACGCCGUGUUGGCUUUUUUGUAUGCUGUGUUAAAUGAUGUCUAUGAAAAUCAGCCGUACGUUGCUGGUAGAACCAAGCUAAAAAAUGUAGUUCGUGAGCUUCGAGAGGCCAGGUGGACUGGGCACCAUGGCUUCAAGCAUGUCAUCCCCAAAGUGGCCGGAGGCCUCGGGGAGUAUAACACCGCUGUCAAGGCUUCUAACGAAAAAAUCAAGCGGCCGAUUAAAAAGUUGUUAGAAUAUGUGAAGGAAGGUGGUGAGUUGUCUAGAGGCAUUAAUGAUUUGCAGGUGUCGGAUACAUCAACGCCUAGCCAAGAUGAGCAGACUGUGGAAGCCGCUGCUUCCUUGGUGGACCGGUGCAAAGAGGUUGCCAGGGACUUCUCCAAAAAGCUAGAGUCUGCUAAAACCGCCAUAGGUGACCUGAACCCGAAGCUGAGAUCAAAACUUGAGAACGCCAGGAAAAGCUUCUUCAAUCACGUGGGCUGGCUGAGCAAGUGGUCUCGCAAGGGUCAGAAAAAGAAGUUGGACGAGAUGAUUCAUAAAAUCAAGACAAGGCUUAGGAGGCUCGGAAAGGAAGUCAAGGAUAGAAUUAAACAAGAAGUGCACGCGCUUGUCGAAUUGUUGAAGGAGCGUGUUAGGAAGAUUAAAAGUAAGUUGGAAGAAAUUGGUGAGAGCCUUGCAAAAUACGUUCAGGAUCUGGUGAAGUGGAUGGAAGAGGCAAAAGAGUAUAUUGAUGAAGUAAAAAAGUAUGUUGAAAACAUUUUUCAGGAAAUUUACGGAGACGAUAAAAAGAAGAUGGACCAGGCCGCCGGGGAAAUUGAUAGGACACUUAGUGAGAAAGUGUCGGAGCUGAAACAGUGGAUUGAGGCUGCGGACGAAGCCGUUCAGGCUGCCAAAAAGAAGGCGGAAGAUGUAUAUGGGAGGUUGGAUCAUAAUAAUAAUAAUAAUAAAGCGCCUGCAGGUACUACGAUUGGCCAAAAUAUUGAGAAAAUUAGGCAAGCUCAACAGCAAGUUAAGAAUGUUGAUGAACAGCUUCAGGGGAUUCACACCGAUUUAGGUAACUGGAAAUCCGCGGCAAACAGUGUCCUUGACUCAGCGGUUAAGAAUGCUGGACAGGUGCGUGAGAAGUUGGAUCAUAAGCAGACAGAUAAAGAGAAUCAUAUUAUUGGUCAUAACAUUAGUAAUAUUGAACAGGCUAAACAAGGAAUUGUUACCGCAAAUGAAACGCUUCGUCAACAAGUUGGUAAGUUGCAUUCUUGGAUCUCCACCGCGGAGGGUAUCCGCCAAAAGGCCCAGAAGAAGGCUGAAGAGGCUUAUAGUAAGUUGGACGUUCACGCCGAAUUGAGUAAGAAAAUUGGAGAUAUAGUGACUGCGAAUAAGAAAAUUAACGAAGUUCAUAUGGCGCUGGGAAAGGUUCAUGGGAGUUUGGAAACGUGGAAGGGUCAGGCCAGCACAGUGCUUCAAGGGGCGAUCGGCAGGGCGACGGAUGUUCAUGAUGCAUUGGAAAUUGAUGGUAAAGGAAAGGAUAUGCAGCUUGCUCAGCAAAUUACGGGAAUUGACACAGCUAAUAAGGCGAUUAAAAGAGCAAAUGACGAUCUUUAUACAGAAGUUCAGCAUUUAGGUAAGUGGAGGGACGCGGCCGGGAGUGUUAUUGACAAGGCCGACGAGAAGUGUGAGGAGAUACUUAAGAGGGUUGAUAAAAACCACAAAGAUAAUAAUGGAGGAAAUAAUGGCCCUGAGAUAUUCCUUAAAGCCAAAAAGUUAAGUGAAGAUGGUAAAACUCUUUUGAAGGCUGCGACUGAGGCUAAAAAUAAAGUUGGACAGUAUGUCACUGCGGCGUUGGAUGCUGUUGUAAAAAUGGACGGAGAUCUCAAGAAGGAUUUGCAUAAGGUGAAAACAAAAAUUACGGAUGGAAUUAGAGAAGUUAUUGAGAGGUUACAGGUUGAGAGAUUGGAUCAGAAAUUGAAGAUUGAUUUGGCGAGUUUGAGGCAAGAGAUUAAAAAGCUUGGCGAUGAUGAAGUAAAUGGUCUUGUUCGAGGUCAGUUGGAUGAACUUACAAAGGCGAAGACUAUGCUUGAAGAAGUUACUGGUAGGGAUACUGGUUCAAUUGACACUGCGCUGAAGGGCAUGGAUCACUUGUUUGAACAGAAUAUCAAGACUCCGCUUACCCAGGCGGUAGAUGCAGUUGUCCAGGCGAUUGGGAUGCUUGGCCAACAGUUUAGUGUAAAAGGCGAACCAAAGAAACUUCAACAGAUUUUCGCGCACAUUAAAGGGGAUGUUGGGGAGAUUAAGGGGAAUCCGGGUGCUAAUGGUGUAUGGAAAAAUGAGGGGAAAGGUUUGGAGGCAAUAAUCUACGGUGUCAAACGGUAUGCUAAGAAAUUUGACAACACGGAUGAUGAUGGCAAAGCUGGACCAGAUGAUACAUUUGACAAUAUAGUAGCCGGAUGGGUAAGGAGAAGCAUUUUGCCGAAUGAGCCUAUGGACAGUUGGGUUAUGAAGUAUGCGGAUAGUAGAGUUUGGAAAAGUGACAUCACCCGGACCGGUGUGCAGAGUUCAGAUCUUGACAACCGAAUCGCAACUGUGAUUAAGGAAAAACUUAACGAAGAAAGUAAGAAAGCCGCUGCAGAGGUUACAAGCAAGAUAAAAAAUGCUGACGCGAGUCGCAAUGAAAAAAUUAAAAAAUAUGUCGAUGCUGUAAACGACGGUUGCAAAUUGUUCGCCAGACAGCUUGGUGAGAAACUGAAGCAGGACGAAACGGCUGGGCGCGAUACAUUAGUCAAGGAGAUAGCUAGGGAGGUUGAGGAUAGGCUAUGGACAGCAAAGAAGUUCAUCACUAACAUGAAGCCCAAACAUGAUAUCCAUACACAUCUUAUCUCCGCCGUCCGACGAAUCCUCCCAGUCCUCGCCUCCACCGCCUGGAAGGCCGGCGACGAAGUUGAAUGGUUCAUCGGCGAUGGUCUUACAAACCUCAGCAAAAACGUUCACGGUGCUUUGGAUAAAGCAAAGACGCUUGAGAGUCAGCUUACAAGUGCAACUAACACCAUCGGCCAAAAUGAAAGCCCCGCCCAAGCCGUUGACACUGCGAUCGGCGUAGUGCAGAAAGAGGUUCAGGGUCUUGGAAAGAAGUUUACGGAAAACAUCAAACAACCAUUUAAAGAAGCGGUCGAAAAACUUCCAGGAGCCGUUCAAAAGUUUGAUGAAGCAACUCAAACUCAGGUCAAGGCUGCGGCCAAAAAGGCUAUUGACGAGGCGGCCGAAGUGAUUAGUACGGAGGCUGUUCCAACUGAAAGUGAAAUGAAAUCCAGAAUGCAGACAUUUAUGGAAGCCUACGGGCCGCUCAAAAGUGGGCUCAAAGAUCAACUUGAACAAAAAGUGAAUGAACAAUUGCCGCGCCAUUCAGAGAACCAAGUUGCGUUAAAACGCGCUCUAUCAUUUCUCGGUUACUCUAAACAUGUUAACCAAAAUGGCUCCACAAACGGUAAACCAAAAGGCUUCCUUCCAUCGACGAUCGGGAACAUCAAAAGUGAGGGUCUGAAAGAUCUUAGUAUCAUCGAUGUGCAUGGCAUAGGGCAAGAUCAGAUUACUCCGCAAACCUUCACCGAUCCGUUCAACGCAAUUGGAAAAGAGCUCCAAGCCAUCGCCUGGUUCGUAGAUAAGAGCGAAAACGGGGGCAAUGCGCCAGACGGUUACGGCGGUGGAGACGAUGAUGGUAUCAAGGAUCACAUGAAUGAUCUGAGAAAGGGGCUUGGUAACGAACAAACUUGGCAAGCUGACAAAAUAAAUGCCAAAGGUCUUGAGAAAAUCAAAGAAGCGAUCCAUAAGCUGCAAACCUCUGAUUUUACUAACCAACACACAGCUAUCCAGGGUGCAAUAACCAAUAUUAAGGUGGAGCUUGAGAAGCUUAGGAAGGGAUUGAAGAAUGAGAACGGAAAGCCGGACAAUGAUGUAAUUGAGAGGUUGAAAGAUUUGGAGGGCGAUGGGUUUGGCACUAAAGAAGAUUGGAAGCAAAGCAGUGGUAAAAGUGUCGGUGGUCUUGGGAAAAUCGAAGAGGAACUUAAAACUCAGAGUGAUAUAUUACCCGGGCAAACUGGAAAAAUCAACGACGCCAUACUCGAAAUUAGGGGCGAGCUUGCCAGGAUCGGAAUUGCAUUGAAACAUGACUACAUCACUGAUGAUCUCACAGAUGAGUUGCGCUGGUUGAAAAGUAGGAUAGGGAAAGAAAAUCCUAAGGAUGGAAAUCUUCAACACAUUCACGAUGUGAUUGAUGUGCUGCAAUCUGUGCAGUUCACUGAGAAACCCGAUGCAAUUGGAAAAGCCAAGGAUGAAAUUACAAAAGAACUUAAAGAGCUACAAGAGUUGCAAAUCAACGGUCUUGGAACCAGUGAGGAUUGGCGAGGUCACAAUGCCAAGGGCCUGGAGAAUAUUAAGCAGGAACUACAAGCUCAACAAACUGAGUUAAACAAACAACCCGGCGCAAUCAACCAAGGCGUCACCCAGAUUACCAAUGAGCUUGAGAGUCUUAGAAGUGAGUUGCAAGGUAAGCAAGGCAAAAAUGCAGAUGAAAGAGGCGUGAUCAAGAAUAUGGAAUUUAUGAUAGAGAAGAUUGGAACAAAUGAUGACGAUAAUGAUAGCCUCAAGAAAAUCAAUAAAGACAUUGCCACGCUCAAUAGGGAUACAGUUCCUAAGGUCAACAAGCAUCUUACUGCCAUGUGUGAAGCUAUUCAAAAGGCAGGCGCGUACGCCGGUUGGCAUAUGGGUCAGUUGGAAACUACGCAUAUUAAUGGAAAACUCAACGGGAUCAAGAAUGACAUUGACACCCUCCGAAUCUCCGAUCUGCCCGCCGCCAUCGCCAUGUGCACUGACUUCCUCGGUAAGGCCGACGAAAUAGAGAGGAGCACAGUGAGGGAGCUCCAGAAAUUUGUCAACGACGAAGUGGAGGAAGCAAUGGCGGAGCUCACCAAGCAGGCGCGGCAGCAGUACGUGGAGUCCGUGCAGGACGCAUUAAAACACUUCGCCAACAAGGUGGCCGGGGAGAUGGUGGGGCUGCCUAAGGAAAUCGAACAUGACUUGACAAUCGGAUUUAAAGGGUUCAUGGACAAAAUGGUAAUAGGGUUUGUUAAGAACGUCGAAGGAAUUAAGAACAUUGAUUUUAAGGACUUUAAAAAUAGGUCUCCGCUGAGCCACGUGGCUGAGAAGGUCAGCGAAGCUGUACAUGGUUUUUUCCCCGAACUCAUGCAACAGGAGGAAUUUUUAAAUGGUAAGUUCCCGAAGCCGGCAAAAUCUGACACAUCUCAGAGCCUGACUGACGAACAACUGGAGGCUCUGGAGUCCAUACCCGCGAAUAUGUUCCAAUUAGUGUCAUUAAUCGAAGCGCUCGACGAUUUAAUUCAGCAUGUCGAAGCAUCUGGCCAUUUCGAUUUCACCUUCACAGCGCCACUCGACAGCCUCAAAAAGCAACUCAGAGGAUUCACAUACGACGCGUAUGAUGACGGUCAGAGAGCUCUGCUACGCCCGCUGAAAAAUGGUAUUAAUAACAUAUAUGUUGAACUGAGCAACUCCUAUAUAAGUACUUACUCUGGCGCAACAUUUACUGGUAGCUUGGUGGAGCCUAAGAUUGCCGACCAAAGCACUGGGGAAAACGCAAGGUUGACGCCUUACGGUGAAAAGUGCGCCAAGGUGUUGCUUAGCAUGCUUCCGAUACUUGACACUUCAAUUACCAUGUUGUCACAUAACUGCAAGAGCCUCGCCGGACAGCAUCUCAACCAAUUCACAGACGUCGGCAAGCUCCUCGUCGAUCAGGGCUACAAUGUUCCAGAUUACGCCAAGCAGAACGGCGAGUUGAACAGGCACGUGACCGGUAAGGGAGUUACCAUGCUCCUUGUCGGUGAUUUUAAACGUGUAUUCAACUCUGAUACUGACACUAAAAAUGCGAUCGGAGUUCUUCUCGAAUGUCUCAACGAUUACUACAAGGCGUGUCACUACGCCACACUCUCCUCCACCAGGACGCCGUGUAACGUCUACGAAAUGCUCUGUUGGCUGACGGGCCUUAAGUACAACUGUGUCUAUGAUAAGUUGCGUAGAUGCAUUAAACUGUGUUACAGCGAGCAGACUGAGAAUAGCAUAUAUCCCUCCACGCUUACCGCCGACGCUUUAGUUGCCGCCGUUGACAGGCUCACCGCCCACUGUCCCAGCAUCCUCACCAGGGUGCUCGGCUACGGCGACGCUUACUCAACCUACGCCUGUGACUUUUACAACAACUCCACGAAACUGUAUUACCCGCAGGACGGCGAGGAGUGUCUUCACUUGCUGCUUCAUAUCUUCCGCCUAGUGUUCCCCGUGCUCAGAUAUCUGUUCUUUCAGUGCUCACGUGCCGCUCACCACGGCGGCUGGGCGCAGUGCCGGUACGGCAAGGGUGUCACACCAUACACGUGGCAGUGCGCUCCUCCUGUUACUGCUAUGCCUACCCCUCACCCGGAGUGCACAGAUAAGUCCCCUCUAAUGUCGUACCUCAACGACUGCCUGCCCGGCCACCUGCCUCAUCAGGUCAGCGCCAUCGGAUGUGAGCCUCGGUGUAACACGUGUCCCAUCUCUCAACCUGGGAUGCCGUGUCUAACGCCUCUUGGAUUCAGGGGGUUUUCGGUUAGCACUAAGACGGGCAAACAUCUGUGUGAGGUGCUCACCAAAUUGCUCGCCAAUCGCCACCUCUCAUCACUCUUCUGCCUCGAACCCAGACCGCCGGUCACCCUAUCUGAGCACUUUGGUUUUGCAUUUUCGCUAGUUCGGGAGUGGCGUGAUGCUUCACAAAAUUCAUUUCAAGAGUGCUUUCGAAGGUCUAUUACCGACGUCUCCAUGGGUCUCUAUACAAAUACUAACGAUCUCACCAAUGCGUUGAGUAAUGCCUAUGGCAGCAGUCUGAGCAACCAUAGUCAUACGGGCGGUGACCCGAAACCCGCCCAGUUGUCAAGUCUCUCGAUGGAUCCGGCGUGCUUAGGCGACGCUGCCCACUGCGCACCCUACCUGUCUACCCUAUGCUUUGAUCCAUAUCAUUACUUGGCUCACAGGCACUCCGACCUAUACCUCUCAUGGGCCGUCUACCUCCCGUGGCGACUAUUGGAGUUGCUUUACUACCUAUACACCGCCUUCUGCUAUAUCUCCUGCCGGCACUGGGGCUGCGGUGAUUGCCUUCACGAGGACCCUUGUGACCGUGGCAGUCACGGCGUCCUCAGUCCACAGUCGCCUGCCUCCGGCUGCCGCUGCCGCUCCACAGUCCACUGCAGAGGCGUGAUGCCGACACUCUACCAACACGGCCUCACCUUCAAGGACGCACCGGCGCUGGCAUCGCAAAAUACAACAUGCUUCAGCUUCCGCACGCAGCUGAGUUAUGUCCUCAACUCUGAGUAUUUCAGAGAACUGUUCGACCAGUGUGACCAGUUCCUAUAUCGCAUCAGGAUGCCCUUCCUCUGCGCCAUCAUCGCACUCUGGCUCCUCGCCACGCUCUACAUCCUCAGCGCACUCCUCUACCGCCUGGACUUAUUGCGCAUCCACUCACACCUGCUCACCACCAGGGCCUCACACCUCAUCGACGUCAAGGCUCUGCUCGCCGGCAGCCGCAGGAUGCUCUCACUCUACAAGGACGUCGACUACUUCGACGAUGACUUUCACUCAUGA